AUGGACUUUCUGACCCAGCAGUACCCUUCUGUGGAGGAGACCGUUGCCAAUAACGCCUCGGUUCUAUAUAGACGAAAAAAGCAUUUCCUCGGCAACCUACGCCAGCUCAUGGACGGCACAGGCUAUGUCGUUAUCGGCCUCAUAUACCUAAGAGAUAUCCUGAUGUUCCUAGCUGCACUAAAGGCGUUUUUCCAUUACUGUAUCCUGAAUCCGUAUCCCACGCCGUCGCCUACCAUCACCGUCAGCGAUGCUGCUAAAAAGAGAAUGCGUCGUUUCAUCCUCAUCAGUGUGUUUGCAAUCAACUUCCUUUGUUUCAUCAAACACAUUCUCCUUGAACCUGCCGAGCUGGAGGACGGCUACCUCUACGGUGGUCUUACCGUUCAGUUCAUUGGCGAGAAGCUGCCGAAAAGCAAGCUCGCUGUCCUUAUGCUAGACUUGCUUCUCCUAUUCAUCCAGCUAGUCUACUACAGUCUUAUGUGCUGCACUGACGAUUCGGAGGUCUUGAAGACCACGCCGUUGCUGAUGAGUGAAGAGGACACGCUGUGCAGACUGGAGAUCGAAGCCGACGGCUACAACGGGAACGUGUCGCUUAUAGUCGUGGACCUUUUCCAGGGCAUCAUGGAUACGUUGCUGUAUGUGGAUUCCGGACCCACGCUGCUCUGGGAGAUGCAACUGUUGGGCGGAGACGAAGCCCAGCCGCGUCCCAACGUACUGCUUUCCCAGCUUUUGGCGUGA